AUGGCGGCGGUCUCCGGGCGCUGGGAGACGACGAGGAGAGGUGGGGUAACCUCACCGCAGUGGAGGUUCGCGUUAUGGUGCUCUGCCGUUGCCUUCGAGGAGCAAUGGCCACGGUGGAAGAUUUGAAGAGCAUACUUCAUCAACUCAUGCUGUGCCAAUUGGAAUGCCAACAAUUUCAGCUCAUUCGAUGCCUAUGGUUUCCCCAAGUCCAGCAUCAAGGACCUUUACUGUUCCUGGAAAAGACGCUUCUAAUUGUAGGCAUAGGGAGAAGAGAUUUUCAGCAGAUUUCAGGCAUCUCAACUUAAGAGAUACAGGAAACAAUCGUGAGACUUCUGAACUUCAAGAUGAGAUUGAUAUGCUACAAGAAGAGAAUGACAAUAUUCUUGAAAAGUUAAAGCUUGCUGAAGAUAGAUGUGAAGAAGCAGAAGCCAGGGCUAGGGAGCUUGAGAAUCAGGUUGCUGCUCUUGGAGAAGGUGUAUCUUUGGAAGCCCGGCUUUUGAGCAGGAAGGAGGCAACACUCCGUCAAAGAGAGGCUGCUGUUAAGGCUGCUGAACAAACUAGAGGUGGAAUGGAUGAGGAAAUUGAGGGUCUUCGACUACAUGUGGAAUCUGCCAAGGACGAGGUUGUGACUGCCAUCAGACAACUUGGAGAAGCUGAAUCUGAGGUGAAGGCUCUUCGCUCCUUGACGCAAAUAUUAAUCUUGACUCAAGAAGAGAUGGAGGAGGUCGUUCUUAAGAGGUGCUGGCUAGCUCGCUACUGGGGUUUAGCUCUUCAGCAUGGCAUCUGCUCAGAGAUUGCUCUGUCAAAAUAUGAAUAUUGGUCCACUUUUGCUCCAGAUCCUCUGGAAUUUGUCAUAUCUGCUGGUCAAGAAGCUAACCAAGAAUCAUGGAACAGAGGCUAUGAUGGUUCUAAGAGGCAAAAUAGAAAGCUACUAAAAGAUUGUGAUAUGACUGGAGAAGGUGACAUAGAAAGCAUGCUAUCAGUUGAGAAGGGGUUAAAAGAACUAGCAUCUUUGAAGGUGGAGGAUGCAGUCAUGUCUAUGUUGUAUCAUCAGGGGCAGCAAUUUUUUUUUCAAAAAUCUACGUCAGAUUGUAGAUUAUCUGGUGAUGCGAAGUACACAGAGGCCUAUGAACUCAACCAAGAUGAGUCCGAAGAUGUUCUUUUUAAGCAGGCAUGGCUUACAUAUUUCUGGAGAAGAGCGAAAAUCCAUGGCGUGGAGGAGGAUUUGGCUGAAGAGAGGCUGCACUCCUGGGCCCACUUCAGCUCCACCAACAUACUCUUCAACCACAACAACUCCGCAACUCCUAAGGCCAUAGCUCUAUACUCUGCUUUAGCUGUUGAUCUCGCCACCACUGACUGCUUCUUGCUCUUCCACAAGACCAAGUUGCCUCCUAUAAAGAUGCAAUAUCCUGAGGUGGACAACUAG